AGCUCUUUGUGUUUGUGCCUCCUCUCCCUACAAUUCAAAUCGAAAAAAAUACAAACUUAGAAUCUAUAUCAAGAAAAAUAUAAACUCAGAAUCUUGAAAGAGAGUAACGGAGAGCAAGAAGAUGGUUGGAAGCAAAGACAAAUCGAAAGAGAAACGAGAGAAGAGACUCCAAGAGAUCUCCCUCCUUCGUACUAUUCCCUACUCCGAUCAUCAGAGGUGGUGGACCUCUGAAACCGUGGCGGUGGUAACAGGUGCAAAUAGAGGGAUAGGAUUUGAGAUGGUGAGACAAUUGGCCGGACAUGGAUUAACAGUUAUCCUAACAUCUAGAGACGAGAAUGUAGGCGUCGAAGCCGCCAAGAUCCUUCAAGAAGGUGGAUUCAAUGUUGAUUUCCACCGUCUCGAUAUCUUGGACCCUUCCUCAAUUCAAGAUUUUUGCAACUGGAUUAAAGAAAAAUAUGAAUGUAUUGAUGUUUUAAUAAAUAACGCAGGAGUAAACUACAAUGUUGGAUCAGGUAACUCGGUUGAGUUCUCAAAUAUGGUUAUAUCUACCAACUACUAUGGCACCAAGAACAUAAUCACAGCUAUGAUUCCAUUGAUGAGACAUGCUUGUCAAGGUGCUCGUAUUGUCAAUGUAACCUCAAGGCUUGGUAGAUUAAAAGGCCGACACAGUAAACUUGAGAAUGAAGCGGUGAGAGCUAAGCUUAUGGAUGUGGACUCUCUAACAGAAGAAAUCGUUGACGAAACAGUCUCGGAGUUUUUGAAACAAGUGGAAGAAGGAACAUGGGAAUCUGGAGGUUGGCCACAUUCUUUCACAGACUAUUCUGUUUCAAAGAUGGCGGUGAACGCAUACACAAGAGUGCUAGCUAAAGAACUAUCAGAGAGACCAGAUGGAGAGAAGAUAUAUGCAAACUGCUUUUGUCCCGGUUGGGUUAAAACCGCAAUGACGGGUUAUGCAGGGAACAUCUCAGCAGAAGAUGGAGCUGACACUGGAGUCUGGCUUGCAUUGCUUCCUGAUCAAGCUAUCACAGGAAAGUUCUUUGCCGAGAGACGUGAGAUCAAUUUCUAAAGAGAACGUUCUACAAGAGUUUAUUUUGAAGUUAGUUUUCUUUUUAGUUUGAUUGCUCAAGAUACAAAAGUUG